AUGUCGGCGGAUGCUCCUCAGGAAGUCAGCGCCAUUGCCAAUAUGAACAUAUUCCCACUGCACCAUGCUCCUAGGGAAGUCACUGAUAUCCUCCAACGGCGAGGAUUGAUGUUUUGGAAAUGUCGCACGAAGAACAUUAUUUCAUAUAAGCCUGGCGAUGACGAAUGUAGUAAAACAACGGAUGACCGAUACAUGAUUGCUAUGCGCACAUUCCGCACUCUUCACCCUAGCAAUGCCAUUUCUGUGAGACGCACAGCAACCGACCUCAGCUUGGAUGUAAUCCGGGACGAGGAACGCUUUCAAUAUCUCCUUCCGCCCGUCACUAAGGGCUACAACCUCCAUCGAAAGGCGUGGAAUGAUCUUGCCGUGGAUCAUAUCUCCGACGUGAGAUGGAACAGUGAAGCAUUCCAUUCCCUCGUCAUCGAGAAAAGAGCUAAAAGCCUCAUUGAAGCUCUCAUCGCCAGUCAGUUAGAACAAGAGGAACCCACUGACCUAAUUAGUGGCAAAGGGAGUCGCAGAGAUAGCAAGAAACCUCUUCACCGUGUAACCUGUGGACAUGUAGGCACCAAGGCUGAGCAAGUUGGGAAAUACUUAGAUUUCGUGCUGCAUCUCGGGCGCAUCUGGGGCUGUGUGGCUCUCCUCGAUGAAGCCGACGUUUUGCUCGAGCAGCGAAGCCUAGAAGACCUUAAGCGCAACGCACCAGUCUCUGUUUUCCUUCGUGUGUUGGAGUACUACGAGGGAAUCCUUAUCUUGACAAGUAACCGGGUAGGCACAUUUGACGAAGCUUUCAUCUCUCGUAUUCAGCUGGCCCUACAUUACCCAGACCUGGGUCCCAGCCAAAGAUGUCAGAUCUGGCAAAGCUUUAUCGAUCGACUCGAGAGCCUUAACGAAGAUAUCGACUUUGAUAAUCUACGCGAGAAUAUGGAUGUCCUGAAACAGGAGAAACUAAAUGGACGCCAAAUUAGGAACGUUAUCACCGCCGCUCGGCAACAUGCCAAAUGGAAGAAAACGACUCUCACUUUUGAGCAUCUAAAGGAUGUAAUUGAAAUCUCAGGGCGCUUCGGAACCUAUCUUCAUGACCUCCGAGGCUUUUCGGAAAAUGAACUGGCGAAGGAUGGUGGAAUCGGCUCCACGGAGGCAGGCCGUCGCCAUCUUCUGAUCUACGGGGCGCUGGCCCUGGGCUGCUGCUACUUUGUCGUGGGCGGCAUCCUAUCGUCUGGCGAAUACCUCCCCGGAGGCGUGGGCGGAAAUGAAAACGUCGUGAUUCGAGUCACCGGAUCCCGCUCCCACGCCGUCAUCGCCUUUUCGUAUCUGUUGAUCAUCAUCUACGCGCUCACUCUGGCCCCCGUCUGCUGA